AUGAGUUUACCCAGCCAAACUGCAUCUUCACCCUCCACGGAUACAAUCAUUCCAUUCCAUUUCUGGGAUGAUGUCCCUCAUACCAGAGCAAUAGGCAUGAAUGUCACACUCCGAUUCGACAAAGAACUUGAUCCAGAGAGACUUCGCAAUUCUCUAAGCCGUCUACUCGAGAUCGACAACUGGCGAAAACUCGGAGCUCGUCUACGACUAGACAAUUCGGGUAAAUUGGUUUACCACCUCCCGGCCAAAUUCACCAAAGACCGACCAGGCUUCAUAUUCACAGCCGAGGAACAUGACGGCAGUAUAAAAGCCCAUCCUCUAGCAUCAGAGAUGCCCUCUUCUGCACAAUUGGACAAAAAUACCAAAGUCCGCGUUCUAGACGGCAUGACCAAGUACUCCCCUCUCGUGCGCCACAAAAAUGCACCCACCGGCAUAGCAGAUUGGCUACAAACGGACAUCCCGCAGCUGGUCAUCCAUACAGUCCUCUUCAACGACGCAACGCUGCUCACAUUGACAUUCCAACACACUCUCAUGGAUGCAAUGGGUCUAUCUUCACUCCUGCAUGCAUGGACAGCGGUACUAUCAAGCCGCGAAGAAGACAUCCCCCCGUUCCUCGGGUUCGAUGAAGACCUCAUAGAAUCACAUACCGAAGCCGUGUCCGAGAAACCAACAAUUGCAGGAAUUAUAUUCGGAAAGAUUUUACUGCUGCGAUUUGCUCUUGUGGGCUGGUGGGAGAAGUUCUGGUUUCCGAGGGUUGAGGAUAAAGUCCUUAUGAUUCCUGGGAAAUAUGUGGACGAGUUGAGAGAGAGGGCACUGCAGGAGAUACAGGAGCUAGAAGAAAAUGGCAAAAUAAGCACAAAUAUCCAGAAUGACGAGCAGGCCAAAGCCCAGCCUCGGCCAUUCGUCAGCGAAAGCGAUAUCCUCCUCGCGUUGAUCUCAACACUCCUCGUCACAGCUCAGAAUCCCAGCCGACACGCUCCAGUCCAGAUUUCGAAUAUCUUCGACAUUCGCUCUAUACUUGGCCUCUCGUCUCCGGGGGUGUACAUCGGGAACGCGAUAAUGCCAUCCUGUUCUGACUUCGAGGCACGCGAGUUUGGAGACUGGUAUCACGGCACGGGUUUCGAGUGCCGGUUGGGUCCUGUUGCAAUGAAGAUCCGAUCUGCGCUAGAGACGCAGCGGACGAAGGAGCAGGUUCUCGCACGUACAGCGUUGCGGAAGAAGACGCUUCGCGAGAUGGGGUGUUUGCCACUUGCUGGUCAUCCUAGACAGCUUGGUAUUUCCUGUACCAAUUGGCAGAGGGCUGGGUUCUUUGGGGUUGAUUUUGGAGGUGCGGUUGUCGGAGGUCAGACUGGGGAGGAAUUUAUACCUUGUAGGCCCUCUUAUGUUAAUACAGCGGGACCGGAACCGUUGGAUGGGAAUGGGCCACGGAAUAUGGUGACUGUUACUGGGAAGGAUAGCGUUGGGAACUGGUGGGUGCAUAUUAUUGCGAGAGAGGAGGUUUGGGGGCAGAUUGAGGAGCGGGCGAGAGAGCUGGAUGUGCAGUACAGAUGA